CGUCAAUGCACCAAACAAUUUGUCAAGCAACUGUCAAGUCGGACGAAAUUUGUUGGUUUAUGUAAAGCUCAAGCUUAAUUUAUUAUUUAUUUUUAAUAUUUAAUAAAUGAAAUCUGAUUAGCUUCUUUAAAACAAAUUAAAAAAUGGCAGGAAAUUUUUGGCAAAGCUCCCAUCACCAACAAUGGAUAUUAGAUAAGCAAGAUCUAAUUAGAGAUCGACAGCACGACAUGAACAUUUUAUCAGAAGAAGAAUAUCAGAAAAUAUUCAAUUUUUUCGCCAGUAUGAUUCAAGUACUGGGCGAACAACUGAAGGUCCGGCAGCAGGUUAUUGCAACAGCAACAGUUUACUUCAAGAGAUUUUAUGCUAGAAAUUCUCUAAUGUGCAUAGACCCUUUGUUACUGGCUCCAACAUGUGUGUUUCUUGCGUCAAAAGUUGAAGAGUUUGGCGUGAUUUCUAAUUCUAGAUUGAUUACAACUAGUCAAACAGUUAUUAAAAACAAAUUUAGCUAUGCAUAUGGUCAACAAGAAUUUCCAUACAGAAGCAAUCAUAUACUUGAAUGUGAAUUUUAUCUUUUGGAGAAUCUGGACUGUUGCCUUAUAGUUUAUCAGCCUUACCGACCGCUGUUGCUGUUUGUUCAAGAUAUCGGACAAGAUGAUCAACUUCUUACAUAUGCAUGGAGGGUUGUGAAUGACUCCCUGCGAACAGAUGUCAGCUUAUUAUACCCGCCAUAUCAGAUUGCAAUAGCUGCUCUUCAUAUUGCAUGUGUGAUGUUGGGGAAAGAAAACUUGAAGCCAUGGUUUGCAGAAUUAAAUGUUGACAUGGACAAGAUUCAAGAGAUUGUGAGGUACAUAAUCAAUUUAUAUGAAAUGUGGAAAAGUUAUGACGAGAAGAAGGAAAUACAGGGUUUGCUCACAAAGAUGCCUAAACCAAAGCCUGCACCCCAAAGAUAGCUAAGUGAUGACCACAGGGAACUGUGCUGAAUAUGACUAAUACAUAAAUUAUGAAUUAUUUCUACUAAAAUGGGGUGUGAUACUGGAUUUAUCAGAGGCCCUGAAUUGACUAAGGGUACUUUAUUAUUAUAAUAAAAAUACCUACAUUAUUUAGGUUAGUAUACUGUGAGCUAUGAUUAUCAGUCUGUUUUUACAACAGAUAACACACUUUAGUUGCUAUCACUGGGAGGCUUCACAUACAGUGAAACAACCGAUGUAUUAAAUUUUCUUUCCCACAGAAAAACAUCAAGUAAUCUUUAUAUUAUGUGGCCUGCAGUGGGUUGCACGGACAAAUUUAAGUUCCUUUAGGAAUUUGGAAAAUGAGUGACAUGUAACUUUUUGUAAAUACUUAUAUUUACUUUGACUAGGAUUGCUUAGGCAUAAUUCUUAUAUUUUAAAGACUACCAGUAUUUAACUAGUAAUUUGAAAUAAAUUGGCGAUAUGUAGA